UAUGAUGGUAGUGGUGGUGGUGGUUGUGGUUGUGAGGAAAAUACCUUCAGGGAUCAACGAGUCAACGAUAUGCUGCUUCGACAGCAUCAGCAACACAAUCGGUCUUGGUGUGACCUCUUUGUUGCCUACCAAAAGCAGCAGCAGCUCAAGUUAAAGCCCCAGUACCUGGGCCUCUCAGCUGUUAGUCCUUAUGCCCCAGCGCCCCAUUCCCUGACCCUGGCUACAGUUCCGCCCGUUUCCAACGCAAAAGAGAAGGACCACUCCAACGCCACUGAAAGAGAACAAAAAGACGAUUUCAGUCCUCCCCCAGAUUCUCUCCAUCCACACCAGUUUCCCAUCGCCUUGCCUCCUCCUAAUACCCUGGCUUCAUAUACAUUCUCUCUUCCCUCGUGUUUGUCAUCCUCCUCGUCCUCCUCCUCUUCUUCUUCCUCUUCCUCUUCCUCUUCCUCUUCCUCUUCCUUCCUCUCGUCUUUUUUCUCAUCGUCCUUGACUUCAUCUGCACCACCUUUUGGAGUCUUAGUCGAGCCUUUGAUGCCCUGCUCUUCUGCAAUUCAAGUACAGGCCCCUUGUGUCCGACUUCUGCCAGAACUUGCCUGA